CGUAAUUUCGGACUUUGUGAGAGUUCUCUUUGAACUUCUUUCCUAUUUUCAGAGAAGGCGGCGCCACAGCAAAAUUGCGGUUUCUACCCUCCCAAUGGCCGUCUCCAGCUAUGCUAGGGUUUUCCCGUCCUUUCAGUGCCGUUCAGAUCCCGACUUCUCCGGCAUCCCUCGCCCCGAGAACCAGAGCUCCGGCCGAUUCUCCAGGCUUGGGGAGAGUCGCGGAUUGUUCGAGGCCUCCGGUCUUUCUUCUCUGAUCUUCAGGUUCCCUCCCAACUUUGUCAGGCAGCUUAGCAUCAAGGCUCGGAGGAAUUGCAGCAACAUAGGCGUCGCUCAGGUCGUUGCGGCUUCGUGGUCGAACAAUCAGUCUGCGUCUGGUUUCUCCUCCGCCGCCGCUCUCUCUCCGGUUGAGAUUUCGACCGGAGAUGAGGAGGAGGCGGUGGUGGCGGUUGAUAAUGUUUGUUGUAAUGAUACUAAUGUACAGAUUGACGGUUUGAUUGACGAGAAGCCGUAUUCGUUUUUGAGCUCCGAUGGGAGCAUUGCAGUUCACGCCGGUGAAAGGUUAGGUCGCGGGAUAGUUACUGAUGCGAUAACUACUCCAGUAGUUAAUACGUCUGCUUACUUCUUCAAGAAAACUUCUGAGCUCAUUGAUUUUAAGGAGAAACGCCGUGCAAGUUUUGAAUAUGGACGUUAUGGAAAUCCAACGACAGUGGUUGCGGAGGAGAAGAUAAGCGCACUUGAGGGAGCUGAAUCAACCUUGUUAAUGGCAUCUGGAAUGUGUGCCAGUACUGUCAUGUUGUUGGCAUUGGUACCAGCUGGUGGGCAUAUUGUGACGACGACUGAUUGUUAUAGGAAGACUCGGAUAUUUAUUGAAACUAUCCUUCCCAAAAUGGGGAUCAAGGCCACUGUGAUUGACCCUGCAGAUAUUGGAGCCCUUGAAUCUGCACUGGAUAAAAAUAAAGUUACUCUUUUCUUCACUGAGUCCCCAACCAAUCCAUUCCUGAGAUGUGUUGACAUUGAAUUGGUUUCAAAACUUUGCCACGAUAAAGGAGCACUUGUCUGCAUAGAUGGAACAUUUGCAACACCUCUCAACCAGAAGGCCCUUGCUCUUGGGGCUGACAUUGUUUUGCACUCCGCAACAAAAUUCAUUGCAGGACACAAUGACGUCCUUGCAGGUUGCAUCAGCAGUUCGGAGAAGUUAAUUUCAGUCGUUCGUAACUUGCAUCAUAUUCUGGGUGGUGCUCUCAACCCUAAUGCCGCAUAUCUGAUCAUCCGAGGCAUGAAGACACUGCAUCUUCGUGUACAGCAGCAAAAUUUAACAGCAUUGAGGAUGGCCGAGAUUUUAGAGGCACAUCCUAAGGUGAAACACGUUUAUUAUCCGGGCUUGCCAAGUCAUCCAGAGCAUCAUAUUGCCAAGCGGCAAAUGACUGGUUUUGGUGGUGUGGUUAGUUUUGAGGUUGAUGGAGACUUAUUGACUACUGCAAAGUUUGUUGAUGCUUUGAAAAUCCCAUAUAUUGCCCCAUCCUUUGGAGGUUGUGAAAGCAUUGUGGAUCAGCCAGCAAUAAUGUCUUACUGGGAUCUAAGCCAAUCUGAUAGGGCUAAGUAUGGGAUCAUGGACAAUUUGGUUCGCUUCAGCUUUGGAGUUGAAGACUUUGAGGACGUGAAGGCUGAUAUUCUUCAGGCUCUGGAGACCAUAUAGAGUGGUUCACCUGCACCGCUGUUUUCCUUUUUAUAUUGUUAUAUUUUGGGUAUGUGCUCACUAAAUGUUCUCCUUCACUUUACUAGGUUUGUCAGUUGAACAAUCCUAGUAAUAAUGUCUGUUUUCUUUCUGUGAUGUGUGCUUUCUUGUUUUUGAGUUUAACAACUAGCACGUACAAUGAGAAAUGAACUUCAAAGUGUUGUAGCAAUGAGUUUUUGCUCAUCUUCAUUCCACAUCUUUUUAAAUUUUAAUGCCGUUCAGUUCUGAGCA